AAAGAAUUGCAGAAGAAGAAGAAGCAGUUAGCAACCCUGCUAGCAGCUGGAGGUGAAGUGGCUGUGGACAGACAUGCGGGAGUGUGAUUAAUAUUCGCGUUAGUGGCGGUUAUACGACGUUACCCUUCAGUUCUGCCCCCUUGUUCCUUCGGUGCGACCACAGGCUUCUGUUAGAGCCCGCCGGAGCGCGGUCUUCUCCAAGCGGAGUCAGAAGAAUCAGCAGAAGAAGGUAGGGAGCGAUGUCCUACUAUUCGUCGUCCCGCAGCUCGUCCCGGGCCACCGACUGUAAAGUUUACGUCGGAGACCUCGGUAAUGGCGCCGCCAAGGGGGAGCUGGAGCGCGCCUUCAGUUAUUACGGCCCGCUGAGGACCGUGUGGGUGGCCAGGAACCCCCCCGGCUUCGCCUUCGUAGAGUUUGAGGACCCCCGAGAUGCAGAAGAUGCUGUGAAAGGCAUGGAUGGAAAGAUCCUGUGUGGUUCCCGUGUUCGCGUGGAGAUGUCCACAGGAAUGUCCCGGAAGGGCCGCGGGCGCCCCAGCCGGCGGCAGUUCGACCCCAACGACCGGUGCUACCAGUGCGGGGACCGGGGCCACUACGCCUACGACUGCUACCGCUACAGCAAGAGAGGCCGGCGCAGCAGCAGGUCUCGCUCCAGGUCCCGGUCCCGCUCCAGGUCCAGAUCUCGUGGCCGGCGCUACCGCUCUCAGUCCCGCAGCCGUAGCCGCAGCUACAGCAGGAGCCGCCGCAGAUCUCCAUCAUACUCCAGACGCAGAAGCAGGUCUGGGUCCCCAGCUCGCUCCAAGUCCAGGACCUCUGUGAGAAGUCGCUCUAGGUCCCGGUCUCGAUCCGGCUCUGCUCCCAGGGGCCGCUCUGCGUCCCGCUCCCGCUCUCGCUCACCAUCUGCUAACCACAAGAGAGCCAGCGUGUGGUGGGAGCUGAGCGCUGCACAGACACCGCCGCUGAUCCCAGGCCCAGGGUCUGCCAGCUGGCGGUGUGCACGUCCUGCGGGAGGGUGACUUAAGCGCUGACCUGAGAUCAGCCUUCGCCUGCGCCUGACGUUAGACAGCAGCGAGACAGAGGUCGACCUACCGACCGCACACACCCCCCCACCCCCCCUCAGUGAACGGAUGACUGUCUGUUCAACCGACGCACGCGCUCAGACGAGAUCAGCCCGCGCACACAUACGGUUGUUCUACUAGAGUCACCCGGCCAGCCUUCAGAUCUACCAGAGGGCUGACCCGCGCAGAUCAGAGCUCGGCCUUUAUUAACCCCGUACCUGCCACGCAGAGCCCCCCCACCCCCCCACGCUGCCCGCCAGAGUUCUUCGCCUCUGACUUAGCUUCUGAAAGUGAGAGAAAGAGCUGACGAGAGAUCAGUCUUCAAGAGCCACUCCGAGUUGUAGUCGUCCGUCCUUCAGUCCUUUGAUCCUUCGCUUCUCUGUACUUGUUGUUUCUGCCGCUGUCUCCAAAGGUAACCAAAAAAAAAUCAACCCCCCUGACAAAGCUCAUGUUGAUGGUGACAGGAAAUGCUGAGUGUGCAGAUGUGUGCAGAUGUGUGUGGGAGUGAGUGGACGUGUGAAUGCGAGCAGCACAGACACAUGAGAAGCUAAACAUGCUGCCACAGCUUUUCUCUCUUACAUCUCUUAGAAUAAAGCAGAUGAUUGAGCUAGCGUGCCGUAACAUGUGCUUAUGUGGCUUAUGUAAACUUUGCAGAGCAGUUUUUUUUUUUGUCUAGAGAAUCAAUGCAGAUAGUCUAUAACUGUGCUUGAUCCAUCUUCUCCUGUUGCAAGCUCAUUUCUUUCCGUCUCUGUUUCAGUCGCUCCCGCUCAGCGAGUCCACACCGAAGCCCCACGCCUGCAGACGACUGAGCCCCCUCCUCCCACCACUGUCCUAAACAGACACCCCCCCCCCCCCUACCCCCCCGACAUCCUGUCUGUUUUUACAGCAGCUGUUUUUGUUUGGGUUUCUUUUUUUUUUUUUUUUGGUUUUAGUUGGUCUUGUCUCUUAUUUCCAGAUUAUUUUUUUACCUUCAGGACUGCCAGCUCCAGAUCGUCCGGGAUCAGAGACAGAAAUAUAAAUGGUAGUUUUUUUUUUUUUGUUUUUUUUUUAAAUGUUGUUGCUGCUGUGUAAGUAAUUAUUUUUCAAAAGUGUAGCGCAGGUAGGGAUGCAUCGCCUUUUUAAUACAUUCGACUUUUAGCAGUGAAAAUUCAGUUCUUCCAGCACAACGGGGCCGACGUUCAGCUCAGACGUGGGAAUCAGAAACGGGCCGAAGCGUCGACAGUCCCUCGGCAAAAAAACUUUCUCUGAGUCGUUGCUUUGGUGUUAAAAUGUUUUCUUUCUGUCUCCCGUUCACACCAGCUGACAGGAAUAGCUGCUGGUCUGCAUGCCUCUGAAUUAGUUUGUUGUUUUCUGCCCUUCUCCUUCGUGUCGUCGCUGUGCUGAACGGACUCCCUUUGCGUUGGUUUACCGGCUCUGACUGGAUUUUAAAACACGAUGCUAAAAGUUGGGCCAGCUGGAGCGUUAUUUUCUGUUCUCGGCUUUAGAAGUGAACGUGUGGCAGUUUUAUUUUGGAAUAAACAUCUUCAACACCUCA